AGAAUCACAUUAAAACGAGCCUUUAAAAAACAAGUGGUCGUUAAGAAUUCUCAAAACAGUUAAUUCAUCUCCCGCCAUCUCUUUCAUCUACUCUAAUGGCUGCCUUUACUUGGUCUCUUCUCUCUCCCCCAUUCUCUUCCACUGCCGCUGCUAAUAGCAUCCGCCAUUGGAGCUCAGCAAGAAGGACCGCUCCUGUUAGAAUCUUCGCCAAAAGUGGCGACAAUGAGGACAGUAAGACGCCGUCGUUUAAUCCAUUUGGUUUCGUCACUGACAAUCCUUCCAGCAAAAGCGCCAUUCAACUCCCUGAAAGCCCCGCUGAGGAUGGCAAUGUCGGCCAGAUGAUAUCUAGGAUAGAGGACAAGGGAAAGGAAUAUGGGCGGUUUAAAAAAUCCGGUGACUUAAUAUGGUUUGUUAGAGAAACAGGUUCACGUGAUAGUAUACGUGGAAGCAUUGUUUUCCUUCAUGGGGCUCCAACACAAUCUUAUAGUUAUCGAGUUGUUAUGUCACAGAUGGCUGAUGCUGGAUUUCACUGCGUGGCACCUGACUGGAUAGGCUUUGGAUUCAGUGAUAAGCCAUAUCCAAAAUAUGGCUUUGACUAUACAGAAAAGGAGUUCCAUGAUGAGUUGGAUAAAUUACUUGAAGUUGUGGGAGUGAAAUCCCCUUUCCUUUUGGUCGUACAGGGUUUCUUAGUAGGUUCCUACGGAUUGACUUGGGCAUUGAAAAAUCCCAGCAGGAUAUCUAAACUCGCAAUACUGAAUAGUCCACUAACAGCCUCAUCUCCAGUCCCUGGACUGUUUCAGCAGCUGAGGAUUCCUCUAUUUGGCGAAUUCACAAGCCAGAAUGCUAUUAUGGCCGAGCGGUUCAUAGAAGGAGGUAGCCCUUAUGUUCUGAAGCUGGAGAAAGCUGAUGUAUACCGGUUACCAUAUCUGGAAAGCAGUGGUCCAGGAUUUGCCUUGCUCGAAGCCGCCAGACGAAUGAACUUCAAAGAGGUAGCAACUCAAAUAGCUGCAGGAUUUGCCUCAGGAAGCUGGGAUAAACCUACACUGGUAGCAUGGGGUAUAUCGGACAAAUAUCUUCCGCAAUCAGUUGCAGAAGAAUUUCAAAAGAGUAAUCCUUCAGUCAUUAAGCUUAAACUAAUAGAAGGAGCAGGUCAUAUGCCACAAGAAGACUGGCCUGAGAAAGUAAUCGAGGCUUUGAGAUUCUUCUUCUUAUGAUCAGUUUCAAAAUCUAGAAGCUAAUUACGAGAGUGGUCGAAGGAUAGUCACAAAGUGCAUAUGUAAUAGCCCAACGGUAAGAACUUGCUAACCCAUGUAAAAACUUAUUGGCCUCCGCUAGUCAUGAUUAAACUUGAAUAGCCCUUUUUGAACUUAUUUUUCCUAAAACCUCAUAAAUUCAUGUAUAUUCAAUUUUGUUUAUAUAAGAGAUCUUAAGUUUCUGGCCA